AUGCUAAAGGACGACUCUUUGCUACUCAUACCAAAUGUGCUGAAGGUGUUCCUGGAGAAUGGUCAGAUCAAGUCCUUUACGUUUGACAGCCGCACCACUGUCAGGGCUCUCACUGUCAGGCUCUCACUGUCAGGCUCUCACUGUCAGGAGACACUGCCAAGCACUCGCACUGUCAGCUCUCACGUCAGGCUCUCACUGUUCGGCUCCACUGUUCAGGAGACCACUGUUCAUGAGAACACUGGCUCUCCUGUAGGAGACACUGCCAGCUUCACUGUCAGCGGCUCUCACUGUCAUGCUCUCACUGUCAGGCUUCUCACUGUCAGGCUCUCACUGUCAGGCUCUCAUCUGUCAGGCUCUCACUGUCAGAGACACUGCCAGAUCUACUGUCAGGCUCUCACUGUCAGGCUCUCACUGUCAGGCUCUCACGUGUCAGGCUCUCACUGUCAGGCUCUCACUGUCAGGAGACACUGCCAGACCUCUCACUGUCAGCGCUCUCACUGUCAGCGCUCUCAUGUCAGGCUCUCACUGUCAGGAGACACUGUCAUGAGACACUGUCAGGCUCUCACUGCUCUCACUGUCGGAGACACUGCCAGACUCUCACUGUCAGGCUCUCACUGUCAUGCUCUCACUGUCAGGCUCUUCACUGUCAGGAGACACUGCCAGGCUCUCACUGAGACCUGCCAGACUCUCACUGUCAGGCUCUCACCUGUCACGCUCACUGUCAGGCUCUCACUAUCAGGCUCUCACUGUCAGGAGACACUGCCAGACUCUCACUGUCAGGCUCUCACUAUCAGGCUCUCACUGUCAGGCUCUCCACUGUCAGGCUCUCACUGUCAGGCUCUCACUAUCAGGCUCUCACUGAAGGAGUGGGGUCUGGAACCCUUCCUACCCCUCACUCUGCUUCCCACCAUCAAGGAGAAGAACGUGUGUAAGACCCUGUCACAGCUGCUCAAAACCUAUCAGCAUCCGCCUCCCUCCGGCAAUAAGGGAAAGCUGCAGUACAUGCGUGUCCUCAACGAUCUUCCGCCCUUUGGAGGCUUGCUGUUCCACACCGUCGGACUAGAUGAGAAGCAGUCGGCCACUACGCUGCUGGUGGGUCCGCGGCACGGCAUCGGUCAUGUGAUCGACCUGAAGAACAACCUGACCACGGUUCUGACAGAGUUCAGUCGCGUUGCUAAGAUACAGCUGCACCGGGAGAACCAGGGCGUUGCCCGCGUAGAGGUGGCCAUACAUGAGGCCAAGCCUCUGGUCCUGUUGAUGGAGUGGCCUGAUGCCAGUAACUUCGCCUGUCUCAUCUCCGGCUACUACAAGCUGUUCGUGGACCCCAAACGAACCAUCUACCACAGGAACGGGACAGCUGAGUAUUACAGAGGUUCCCACCACGCCCACCCACGCUCUGGCGUCACAGCGGCGUCUAGUGGAGACCGACGAGGGGACGAGAGGGAAAGACCCCAUACGAGGGACCCAGGGUCCCAGUCUCAGAAGACAGCGACUGCCCCACUGCCCGCAGAGUCCCAACACCUGGGUCUAUGCCAUGUUCAUCUCCGGGAGCCACAACAGCUGCAGGAGCUCCAAAUGCAGGCAGAACCCGAGCUCGACAUCAAUGAGAACUUAAUUUCCCAAGAGGCACCAGAGCGGCCCAGUGCCAAGUCUGACCCAAUGCUCCGGAGCCCAGAGACGAUCGGCGGGAGGCCGGAGAGCCCCGUCCAGCAGAGCUCAGUGGUCUUCAGGAGCAGAGCCCAAACCAUGGGGCAGUCCCAGCGAGCUACACGGUUCUUCUGUGACUCCUGCAAGGCCAGGUUGAGGGCAGAGGGAGUGGCUGUGGCCUUAAACGGUGGACGCAGCGGCAACUCGUCAAAGCACUGCUCCAGCGCCUGUGCCUCCCGUGAUGGUGGUGCAGUAGACCUCAUGGCCCUGCCUCCCCCGGGGAACGAAGAGGAAGAGGAAGUAGGAAGAAAGCUGCAGCCUCCUCCGCCAGCCAUUGCUGCCCCUCCGCCUGGCUUCAGGGACAACAGCUCGGAUGAAGACGACUCCAAGAGAGGACGGAAGUCUCAACCAAACCCAAACUCCAUCCCCAGUCCAAGCACUGCAACUGGGGCUGCUGCCGGCAAGAGCUCUGCCAAGGCUUCUGCCAAGGAAGUGCUACCGGCUCCAGAGGAUGUCCCGGUGACGUUGAUAGACAACGUGGCCACSAGGACAGUACGGGACCAUGCCCAGGAGCUGGAUGAUGCUCUGGUGUCCACUCUGCAGGCCCUGGAGGCCCUAGCUGCAUCAGAGGAYUUCCCCCAUCACCCCCAACAGCCAGCUCAGACCACAGGGUUGAUCGUGUUGGCGGCCAUUACGCCUGAGUCAUCGUUGGACUCAGGGCACGAGACCAACUCCUCUGAGCUGACAGACGUCUCAGAGAUGGUGUCGGCCAUGAAGCAGCACCAGAACCAGGCCUACCUGCUGGCCCACCAUAUCAACAAGGAGCGUAUCUUCAGUCGCAGGGACUUCCCCUUGGCCAUACCAGGCUGCACCACCCAGACUAUAGAGGGUGGUGCGUUCUCCAUGGGUCAGAUCCGCGGCAGCUGCCCCUCGAAGCCAGUGACCCUCAGUAAGACUGUUCCCCUAAAGCUCAGCCCUACUAAGGAGACUGCCAGUCCAGGUCUCAGCUCAGUGAAGCAGGGGAGUAACGUUACCCAAGACCCAUCGCAGAGUGAACCGAGUGAAGGCAAGAAGGCAAAACCAGAGCCUACCAAAGCGUGCACCCAAGACCGCCCUGCAAAGUCACCUGAGGAGCUGAAAGUGUCCGAUCCAGGGCAGGCACCCAWGGUCAACAAGGAUCAAAGGUCACCCUGUUCUGCUGUGGGAAAACUAAGCCCGAAUCUCUCUGCAGGGAUCAAGGGGAAGAAGUCUGCGCCUCUGAGCCCGGACCCUACCAACAAAGCCUUACCUAUUCUCUUGGCUGUAGACAGAACUGCCUCCACCAAGAUUUGCCCCACAAACAUGUGCCAAGAUGCCGAGACUGCCUCUAGCGAGACCAUCAAGCCUUCAAGCUCUAAUGACCUCCUGCCAGUUGAUGACCUGUUCUGCACGUGCCCAGUGAGAGAACCCGGGCCACAGCUAAGACCGAAGGAUCCACAAUCCCAGAAGGUGGUGGUGUUCCACUCCUCUUCCCCAACAGACGAUGAGCGUCUUCGAGCCAAAGGCCUCCAACUGGCUAGCAGCAAAGAGACUGCAGCGAGAGCAGCAGGAGGAGCAGGAGCAGACCCCGUCUUGGCCAAGCCCAGCCCCCAGGUUCCAACAAAGUACUCCCAGUCCCCACACAUACCUGUGAAAGCUGAGAGGAAGGAAGCAGCAGAGGCCAAGGCAGAGAGGUCCCAGGGUAAAGCUCAAGCUGAGCCACAGAAAUGCCCUACGAAGACAUUAUCUCUCCUGGGAGACCCCACACACCCUACCUGCUCUGUGGACAAGGUCUCCACUUUUCCAUCUGCCGACAGCAAGAAGCAGGGUGGUGGUAAAGGGAAGGCCCAGCGUAGCGCCCCCUUCCUUAGUAUCAAGAACCUCCUGUCGGCCACGUUCCCAGCUCGGAUUCGGCGGGAGACUGACGAGCGCAGAGCCCAGCUCCAGAAGGUCCGGCAGUACGAGUUAGAGUUCCUGGAAGAACUUCUGAAGCCCAARUCAUCYGGGGGMGAGUACCUACCCCAGGGRUCCUCGCCAGUCCCMUCAKGYACCCCMUGUGCUUGCCAGCUYCKUACAAGUCCUGUGCUAAAAGCCCCUGGCAUCUCCCGAGAGCAACGCCGCAGCUGCGACUGCAAGAGGAUGUGCAGAGGCAUCCGACUGCCYGAUACRCCGGUCGGCUCAAYUGCAGARMCACAGCARCAUAGRGGCAGAGAGAGAYCCCUCUCCAAGACCCCUCCAGCGACCUCCAAAACCCCUCACUCCCAGGGAGGUCCGAGGAGACCUCAGACCUUAGAGAUCAAGACCACCCGAAUCCGCUCGACCAGUCUGGAGUCACGGGAACCCAGGGGGGAGCAGGCUUCCUGCUUGCCCACCUGCACCUCUCGCACACCAGACUGCAUGGGCGCCCCGCAGUACAAGAAGCUACAGAGGCGGUAUAGCAUCGGGGAGGUGGACAACGCUGAAGGCACGCCACUGUACGCCGAGGUCAAACCCAAAGCCAAGAGCCUGGAGAAGGAGAUGGAGCGAGUGAGGGCCACAGGACUGAGGCUUCCAAUGCCCGUGGAGCCUGUUCACAAUCAAACUCAAACUCACAUGGCUGCUGCAGCGGCGAAGGGGAAGAAAGGAGUGUUCUUCGUCCAGGGAGAAGAGCUGCUGCGGGAGAGCAGAGAGGGGGCGCCGACAGAGAUGCUGCUGGGGCUGCCUAGCGAGGACAGUGAUGACAGGGAGAAGUGCUGCUCCUUCUGUUUCUGCUACAGGAAGUGUGAGGCGGCGGACGAGAGCAGUGAGAAAGAAGAGCUUUCCUACUCCAUCCCCCUCCAGGUCCUGCCUGGGAUGCAGCUGGACUCUCAGACCUUGCCCGUCGUCAGCAAAACCCUCCAGGUUCUCCACGCUGAGGGCUGCAGCGGGGAGGAGGAAGAAAUAGAGGAAGAGGAAGAAGAAGAGGAGCCGCAGACACAGGAGAUUGACCUCCGGGCCUGCGGGACUCUGGAGGGUAGCCUGGCGAGGGUCCAGUCCCUGCAAGGGAAGACGUUCAGCCUGCCGGACGGUUUCCUCAACGCCCAGCUGGAUGCUAAUGAGCUGCUAGCCAUCCUGCGACAGUGCGCUAACGUUCCCCAGGUGGAUAACGAAUCACGCCUCCAGCCGUCCCGGAUUGUCGAGUACAAGCAGGAGCUGGCGGUGCGCUUCAAGGAGUUCAGGGCAGCAUGCAGACGGGUGGCGAGCGUCGAGAAGAGCCCCACGCGCAUGCUGAGCGUUGUUACGGCCAGCUUCCUGGUCCUCUGCGAACUGACUCAGACCUUCAUCAAGCUGGUUAGAGGGGUGCGUUCAGAGGCCCAAAGGCUGCAGCUGCUGCGGAAGGUUGAAGAGGUUGCUAUCAAUUACACUUUGUUGUUGCGUGCAGCCGAGGAUGCUAUGGGCCACUCCAGUAGUCUGCCUAACAAGAGCAUGAGUCCCCAAGUUACUACAACCACCACUAACAUGGGCUCCCUCUCUCGCCCAAUGAAAACCCUGCCCACCCAGUAGAGACAAAGCUGGGGGAAGUUAGUGAAUAAUUAUUUAUGACAGUUGGGAGUGUGGGUGGCUGGGUCCACACUCUCAACGUCCAUUAGUUAUUUAUUGUUUACAGGGCAUGCAAUGAUCCAUCCAUCGCAAUGCAACUGCUCCAUUAUGCGUUUACAGGGGCUGUGGCAGUUGCAGCCUAGAGUGGCCCGUUAGUGUUCUAGCAUAAAAGACAAACGCUUCGGCACCGCUGUACAAAAGGUGCACCUACACCUCUGAAACGCUGGGUGAAAACAGGGCUAACCACUCCUCCAUGUCAACUCUCACAUUACACAGAUCCUUCUCAUUCUUUUCUAUGUAUAUUUGAGUUGUAUCUUUUUAGCAAAGUAUACCAUUUUGUGGAGAAUAAAUAUAAUGAAAAUAAUAUAUAAAAUGAAUUUGAGUAUAACAAAUAUAAAGAGUAAUACACCUACAAUAAAUCUUUAGACAUUUUAAUGUGCUCUGGGCAAAAAUACCACAGAGAAUAUGUCAAAGUAGCGAAUUCUGUGAAUUAGGUAGUCCAAAGCCUGGGUUAGUAGUUGACGUGUUUGUUUGUUACAUUUCUAACUGUUGUCACAGAAUGAGUACUGUUAGUCACCCAGAAAAUAUCAUGACAUGCACCUCAACAAUAUCACAUACAUCACAUUCACAAUGUUGGAAAUUGUACCUCUGCGAGAUUGUAAAAUCCACACAUUUGAAUUGGGUUGCUAUAAAACAGACAUGGGGCCCAUUUACUCACCUGUAGAAUAACACCACAGGUUGGGGCAGAUGUAGCGAAAACGCUAACUCAUUAGCGGCUAACCAAUCAGCUGGGUAGGAUCAAUGUUCUUCAUGAAGGAAGGCAGCCCCGCUCUGCAGUAUAAAUUGUAGUAAACCUCACAUUGCUGUCUUGGUUUGAGACACACACACACAUAGUACACACACAACGAUCACAAUCCACACGAAACCGGCACCUCACCUCUUGUAAACGAGAUGAGGUAAAUGGGAGAUCCACUUUAGCAAACUUAGCCUUAGACUUUUGCACAACCUUCAGCAUUUGCUCCUGCUCACACAUGAUCUAAGUUCAUGUUUUGUUUACAUUCAGCCUACUGAACAUUGAGCUAGAAACAAACGUCACAUCAUACACCUUCAGUUUUAUAAACUAUUUCAUCUUAUAAGAGAUUCAAGUUGCUAUAUUCUUCUCUAAAAUCAUUUUACAGGAUUUUGUGUCACAAAAAAUUCAAUGGGUUUAUACUUUUUGCUCUCUAUGUGCUGUUGUCCAUUGUGCAAUACAGGAAAUAUUGGGAAAUCACACACACACACACAAAGUAGUUUUCUAUGUAUUUUAAUAAAACUGACACCUGUGUUUUCUGUCU